AUGCAAAAAUACGAGCACAAGGGGCUGGGGGGCCUGCGUGCCCCUGAGCGCAGGGAUGACGAAGCAGGCAGAGUCCAGCAGCCGGACUUGGCAGGCCGGCGCGCGGGGCAACAGGAAUCCUCCCGGGUGACACCACAGGCCCCAGGGUCCACCCGUUCAAGGGGGAAGGAGCUUUUCCCCCCCGCCCCGCGCCACAGCCGUAGCCCCUGCUCCGCACCGCACCGCGCGGCUCGGGGGCGCAGCUCAGACCGGCGAUGCCUCGCUAAAUCCUGCCAGAAACCCGUGGACAAAUACAUUGAGUAUGAUCCUGUUAUCAUCUUGAUUAAUGCUAUUUUAUGUAAAGCACAAGCAUACAGACACAUUCUUUUCAAUACAAAGAUAAAUAUUCAUGGGAAGCUCUGCAUAUUUUGUUUGCUCUGUGAGGCUUAUCUCAGGUGGCUGCAACUACAGGAUUCAAGCCAAAAUACAGAUCCUGAUGAUUUAAUCAGAUAUGCCAAGGAAUGGGAUUUUUAUAAAAUGUUUGGUAUAGCUUCUUUAGAACAAACUUCAUUUUUGCUUGGCAUUUUUAUUACCUUGUGGUGGAUGAGACCUGAGAUGCUGAAAACAAAGUCUGACUUCGUUUUACUUCUCAAAGCACUGCUGUUGUCCAGCUAUGGAAAGCUUUUGCUAAUUCCAGCUGUUAUUUGGGAACAUGACUACACGCCUUUGUGCCUUGUGUUUAUAAAAGUGUUUGUCUUGAUAUCAAACUCUCAGGCAAUUAGAGUUACACUGAACUUGAACCGAAUGCUCCCUUGGUUGGCCAUCAUCUUUGGAUUAAUUUUGGAAAAUGGUGUGGUCUGGUUGUUCCAGAAAAUGGGAUGGGAUGUUUGAAACAUCAGCAGAGAUCUGAAGAAAUACCAACAUGAUUGUAAUUUUCUAAGAAUGAUGUCUGUCAGCAAGCUCCAAAGACACUAUUUUCAUAGUGAUAAAGAAGGUGGUAGAUAA